CCGGCGGCGAGAAGCCCCUCGUGCCGCGCUCCUCCUUUGGCGCGCCGGCGCCGGCGCCGGGCACGGGGCAGGGCAGUCUGCGCCCCUACCCCGGCGCCGCGCCCGCGGGCAGCGCCGGCUGGGGCGAGGGCGUGCUGCGCCCGCAGCUCACCGGCGGGCCGGGCAGCUGGGGCACGCAGGAGCUCAGGCCGAACCUCACGGGCCUGCGCCCGCAGAUGACGGGCGGCGCAUGGGGCCGCUCGCCGUCGUACUCCGACUCGCCGCGCUCGACGCUCGGCACGCCGCGCGAUGCGUUUCUCGAGCUCGACGACGAGACGUCGGCGUCGCACGCCGGCGGCGCCGGUGGCUCGCUGGGCCGCAACGCGCGCCUCAUUGGGCGCUCCCACUCUCCCUCUUCUGCCUCGGCAGCCGCAGCAGCGGCGCUCUCCACCUCGCCGAGCUCCGCCAUCGCUGCGGGCGGCGCAGGCGCGCCGGCAGGGCGCAUUUCGCCCGCCAACUCGAGGCCAGUCUCGAUGCGGCGCGGCUCGAGCUUCUCCGCGGCGCAGCUCGACGCCGCCAGUGCCGGGCUGCGACGCUCGGAGAGUCUGCGGCGCAGCGGCGAGAUCGACAGGAGCGAGAGCCCCUCGCCUGCUCCGCGGGCCAUGCAUGUCCAGGCAGCAAAUGGCACGGCCGCGCAGAAGGAGACGAGCCUGCCGGAUCUGCCCGCUCUGCCCUCGGCGCCCACCAGCCAGCCGCGCGCGCCGCUGCCGCUUGCCAAGCCCGACGAGAUGGGCGACUCGAGUGUCGAGAUUGAGGUGCGCAAUCUGGAUCACGCCACGGUGCAGCGCAUGCAAGAGCGUCUCGCCUCUGCCUCGCCUGCCGGCACGCCCGCCAAGCCCGCGCGCUCGCCGUCCGGCACGGAAUCCCACGACGAUGGCGCCGGCGCCGAUGCGAUUGGUCGGCUUGCGCUAGGCGACGCCUCGCCCGCACUCACGCCGCAACGCGCGGCGCUCAACCGUGCGCUGUCGCAGCGCAGCGCACAGAGCAUCGAGAGCACGCAAGGCGUCGCCUAUCGUGAUCGUUCGCCUUCUCCCCUGCCGCCUUCCUCGCCCCCCACCGCCACCGUCGUGCCCGCCACCGCCGCGCCCUCGACGCCCGCUACGACGUCUGCACGCACGUCUCGCACGACGCCCGCCAGCUCCGCACCGACAAGCACGGCGUCGAGCGUGAUCCUCGGCUCGACGUCGCAGCGCGGACAUCGCAGCCAGCCGUCGAACGAGUCGGGCAUCAUUGAUCCGCUGCGCGACGCCGCCGACGACGCCAGGUCCGAAGGCACGCUGACGGCGGCCACGAGCGCCUCUUCGAUGCCGCGCAGCAACGGCUCCGCCGCCGCGGCCGCUGCCUCGCCGAAGCCUGCACAGCCGCAGCCGCCGUCGCCGGCCACGGCAGCAGCAGCGCAGCGCGCACGCGACGCCAUCAGUCUGGCGCGCAACAAGUCGACGAGCCAGAAGCUCAGACGCCCGCCGCCGGGCAUGACGCUGAGCGCGGCGGAGAUGGAUGCGUCGGACGAUGAGUAUGAGCCGGGCUGGGCAAGUGUGAUUUCGACGUCGCGGACACCGGCCAUGUGAUGCUUGGGCUGGCUUGUCCCCAGUCCCUGUCCCUUCAUUUCGACUCCUCGCUCCCCACGCCUCUC